CGUGCCGUGUACGUUCAUAUGUCAAGAGUGGAAUAGCCAAGUCGCGAUGGAUGCUCACGAUAUUUUCAAAAAAUUAACAAGAGGUGUAUAUUUUUCAAGGAAAAAUGUCAACAAUAAUGCAUUGAAGAAAGAAGUUAUUGAGGCUCCGGUGCAAAACGAUUUGGCGGCGGAAUUCUCUCAAUCAGAUGAAGAAGGCAACGAUAGUGAUGUGGAACAGGCGAGUGAGGCUGAAAGUGAAGAGGACACUGCAAAGUUUUCAUACAUUAACGACGAUGCAACAAAAUCUACAGAACCCAAAAAGAAAAAGAAGAAAUUAAACGAUUUAGAGGCGAAAAGGAAACUUCUGGAGCAAGAAGAGUUGAAUCACUUUCGGAAUGUCCAGCGAAUAUCGGUAACAGGAAAGCGAGUUGCAGACCCCAUAAGGACCUUCGAUGAACUCGGAGAGAAGUAUAAAGUGCCAGACAAACUGGUCGAAAACCUCGCUGUCUGCGGUUAUCCGCUCCCAACCCCGAUUCAAAUGCAGGCCGUUCCCAUCAUGCUGCAGGGGCGAUCAUUAAUGGCCUGUGCCCCCACUGGUUCCGGCAAGACAGUAGCGUUUCUUCUUCCGGUCCUGCGAGAUUUGAAAGGUCCUCAACGGAAAGGAUUUCGAGCUAUGAUUCUGGCGCCAACACGAGAAUUGGCACAACAGAUUUAUCGUGAAUGCCUUCGACUUAGCGAGAAGACCGGUCUGAAGAUUCAUCUGAUUAACAAGGUGAGCCAAGCGGAGCAGAAAUUCGGGGAGAAAAGCAGUAAAAAGUACGACAUUCUCGUAUCAACCCCAAAUAGGAUUUGCUAUUUGCUGAGUCGCGAUCCACCUGUUUUGGACUUUUCACAAAUCGAAUGGUUUAUCGUCGACGAGGCGGAUAAGCUAAUGGAAGAGGGUGCCAACAGCUUCAAGGAGCAGUUCGACCAGAUUUUGGGCGCAUGCACCAGCUCCAGUCGGAAGGUUGCAUUAUUCAGCGCGACGUACACAGUACCUGUGGCCAAAUGGGCAAUACGAAACCUGAAGGGGUUAGUGCGAGUGACUGUUGGUGAGAGGAAUGCAGCAACGGAUACCGUACAGCAGGACCUGUUGUUCGUGGGAUCGGAAUCUGGAAAGUUAUUGGCGUUCCGUGAUUUGGUGCGAGGUGGACUUCAACCGCCUGUGCUAGUAUUCGUGCAGAGUAAAGACAGAGCUAAACAGUUAUUCAGCGAACUCAUUUACGAUGGCAUAAAUGUGGAUGUAAUUCACGCCGAUCGAACCCAAAAACAGCGAGACAAUGUGGUCAAAGCGUUCCGGGAAGGAAAAAUUUGGGUAUUGAUUUGUACCGAGCUUAUGGGUCGCGGUAUUGAUUUCAAAGGCGUCAACCUUGUCGUUAACUAUGAUUUUCCGCCAACGCCGAUAUCAUACAUCCAUCGAAUCGGUCGAACUGGACGAGCCGGUCGGCCGGGCCGUGCCAUCACAUAUUUCACACAGGACGACACUCCGAAUCUGAGGAGUAUUGCACAUAUAAUCAAGAAUUCAGGCGGCAAAGUUCCGGACUUCAUGCUUACACUAAAGAAGCCGAAAAAGUCAGAAAGGAAAAACCUGGCCAAACGAGCACCAGAACGAGAGGAUAUAUUAACAGUACCCAAAUUCCAAAUGAAGCGGAAGGAGAAGCUGAAAAAAAUGGAAGAACUCAAGAAGCGGAAAGGUAAAGGGGAAAAAGGAAGUGCAGAUAAAGCAGAAAAUGUUGACGAUCCUGUGAUAUCGACUACUAUGAAGAAAAAACCUAAGAAGAAAACUUUUUCGAAGAAAAAUAAAAAACCGUUAGCAUGAUCAA